AUGCAUAUCAACACUCCGUCCACAUCAUGUCUUCUCUUCUUCUCUUUAUCAUUCAUCUUCUGUGAGCGUUCUCCCUUGCAAGUGGAAAAAGACUCUGCUGUAGACAAUUUAUUGAAAAACUACCACCAUUAUGAUGAAUUAGAGCAACUUUUGAAUACAUGGACGAAGCAGUAUCCUAAACUUACACAGUUAUUUAGUGUUGGUAAAAGUACCAAUAACAGCGAGCUGUUUGUGAUGCGCCUGACGUCUCCAAUGAUACCAGACAAUAGCGAUGAACAUGAUGAAGUGCAACUACUGAAACCGAAAUUUAAAUGGGUAGCGAAUAUGCACGGUGAUGAAGUCAUUGGACGAGAACUGAUGAUCGGUUUAAUAUAUUAUUUGUUGUUAAAUUCGAAUUCUGAUUCCCGAGUUAAUCGAUUGUUAUCAACAACAGAUAUUUACAUAAUGCCCAGCAUGAAUCCGGAUGGGUUUGAACUAUCUACUGAGGGUCUUUGUGACGAUCCUUCGUACAUUGGUCGGGAAAAUCUUCUUCACGUUGAUCUCAAUCGAGAUUUUCCAUCGCCCUAUCAAACAUUGAAAGCCAUGCUCAACGGCACAAUUGGUGAUUUGUUCUACGGCCGACAACGAGAAACAAUUGCAGUGAUGAAAUGGAUAUUAAAAGAGAACUUUGUUCUAAGUGCAAAUCUACAUGGUGGUUCAGUUGUCGCGUCAUAUCCCUACGACGAAUCAGCCAGUCACCAACCGAAGUAUUCAGCGUCUCCCGAUGAUGCUUUAUUUCGUUUUCUGGCACGCACAUACGCAGAAAAGCAUACAACUAUGAGCAAAGGUGUUGAAUCUUGCGCAAGUGAAUUUUACAAUGGAAUAACGAAUGGUGCACAAUGGUACGAUGUUUCAGGUGGUAUGCAAGAUUUCAAUUACUUGCAUAGUAAUACAUUUGAAAUCACAAUGGAACUGAGUUGUUGCAAAUAUCCACUUGCAAAAAAUGGCACUCUUGUAAAGGAAUGGGACAAGAAUAGAGAAGCACUCUUGGCUUAUAUGGAACUGAGUCAUCUUGGUGUCAAAGGUUUCAUUCGUGAUGAGCUCACACGAACAGCAAUAUCUGGCGCAUUGAUUCAAAUUCAAGGUAUUCUACAUCCAGUUCGUAGUGUUACUUCAGGGGCAUAUUGGCGUUUAUUAUUACCUGGUUUAUAUAAUAUAACAGCCACAGCAUCUGGCUAUGUUCCUCAAACGAAAUAUAACGUGAACGUGACAAAUGCGAACCUCACGAGCGCACUUCGUCUUGAUUUUACCCUUCAACCGAGAACGCAAGACCUUUUCAUAACUAACGAGAAUGUUGUUGAAAUCAACAGCAUCUACGAUAAAUUGUCGAAUUAUGCAACACAACUCAGGAGUGGCUCACGUGAUGCGUUACUUGAUACAUUAAUCGAACCUACUAAUCGUUUCCGAUAUCAUGAUUACGAUUCUUUGGUGGCAAAACUAAAUGAAUUACAUGCUAAGUAUCAAAAUAUAACUUCGCUGUACACUAUCGGAGAAAGCGUAGAAAAGCGCAAUCUAUGGGUGAUGAUCAUUAGUGAUAAUCCACUUGUUCACGAGGCAGGUGAACCAGAAGUUCGGUACGUUGGAAAUAUUCAUGGUGAUGAAACUGUAGGACGCGAAUGUUUGAUUUUAUUCAUCGAAUAUCUGUGUGUUAAUUAUAAGAAGAGUGACUACAUUACAAAACUUAUCGAUAAUACUCGUAUACAUAUUCUACCGUCGUUGAAUCCCGAUGGUUUCGAGCGUGAUUAUAAGCAGAAAGAACACGAAAAAGGAGGAGGCCGUCCUAAUGCACACGACGUUGAUCUGAAUCGAAAUUUUCCACCAGUUGAACUUGAGCAAUCCUCAAAAUCCGAUAUCGCUAAACCAAAACCACAAUUUAAUAAUGCUGAAAAUCGUCUGGAUAAAUUCGCUGUCUCGAAAUAUCUACUAGAGCCUGAAGUUCGUGCUGCGAUACAUUGGUCAUUAGUUUAUCCAUUUGUUCUCUCCGGAAAUUUACAUGGUGGUGCACUGGUUGCCAAUUAUCCAUUCGAUAAUAGAAUCAUAGGUUCCACCAAACCGGAAAGCCGAUCACCUGAUGAUUCAACAUUUAUCAUGUUGGCCAAGUCCUAUUCACAAGCACAUAAACAAAUGUCUCAAGACAAAUCUUGUUCCAACUUCGAUGAUGGAAUAACCAAUGGUGCAGCAUGGUACCCUAUCGAAGGUGGAAUGCAAGAUUGGUCGUACGUAUUCACAUCGAAUAUGGAAAUAACGCUCGAACUUGGAUGUAAAAAAUAUCCCGAAGAAAAUCAAUUACAACUUUAUUGGAAUGAUAAUAAAGGAGCUUUAUUAUCGUUUAUCACCCAGGUUGUUCAUGGCAUUCGCGGCUUUGUAUAUGAUAUUAAAACGCAAACAGGUAUACCAGGCGCAUCUAUUUCUGUUCAUGGUAUUGAACAUAAUGUUAUAACCUAUCAAGAUGGUGACUUCUUCCGCAUCUUAUCCUAUGGAAUCUAUGACAUAACCGCUGAACGUGUUGGGUAUGCACCACAAACAAUAAGAAACGUUCUAGUAACGAACCAAUCUUCCACAUAUAUCGAAUUCAAACUUAAACCUAACGAAUCCUCCGAAGAGAAGAACACUGAAAAUCUAUCAAAAGUAGAACAAAUUUAUAACCAAUCGAAAGAUUUCAUUCUAAAUCGUACAUUGUUUUUGAUUAUUGCCGGCAUUUUUGCUUUAGUUCUGGCAACACUGUUCGGAUUCAUUAUUUUGUAUUUACGAUGUCGUUCUUCUUCAAUACUUUCAUCUCAUUCCCGUGUUGGCUUUCAACGGUAUAAUCUCAUUCCUCAAGACGAACAAAGUGAUUUGAGCUCAUCUCAAAUUAAUGGAUCUAAAUCUGUUCCAAAUAGUCAUGCCACACAAAGUGAUUCUGAAAAUGAUGAACCGUUGUAUUCAUCGCAGAGUCAUAAAUUCCUAUUUGCUUGA